AUGCUCCUGUUACCGCAUCCAGUUCUCGCUCCAAGCAACAUGAUUCAUGGACUGAUUGUGCAUGAUCAUCAUCCGGUAUCGGUUACAUCUGUCACAGUCCGCGGAUUAUUUCUCCCACUGUGUGAUUGGUCGCGGGAACGAGGUUGGCACGCGUUUCCGGUCAGCAAAUUAAACAAACAAGAUUUUCUAUCCUACAACCAAUUCAUCAUUGCCCAGCAACCUCCGGACUUUGUGUCACACUUGUCCGAGAUGGAUAUCUGA